UCAAAAUAACUUUAGUUAAAAAGUUAAAAAAUGUAAAUUUAAAUAAUAAAAUUUUAGAUAUUUACCCAAUAUCCUUUUCAAUGUAACUUUAAUUAAAAAGUUCAGUGAGAAAGUUUAAUUUUAAUUUUCGCGGCUUUUGAAGCCGGCGAGGACUACACUUCGUUGAGUAAUCACACUUCAAAUUUUCCGCAUGACUUCCGGGUAAAACUUCGAAGCGGAUUCGAUGAUCUUAAUUUGCGGGGCUUUUUUCGGCGAAUACGAACGAAAUAUACACCAGAAUCAUGUUCGCAUCACAUGCUAAUCAUAAACGAUAAAAGAAAAAUAGUUCAAGAAAUGUUAUGCGGGGAAGUGGGAGAGGGAGGGCGAUCCUGUACCGUACACGUGUAGUACGAGUAUGCACGGUACUUUAGGUAGGGCUAAGAGAAGUCUCACAGGGAGGCCUAUUGAAGGAACAUGGACUUGUGUUCAGUCUAACUCGGUCUUCGAACUGGUCCUGGUGGCACGCAGCGUACCAAGACGUUCCAAGACGCCGGCGUCAGCCGCAUCAUUCGCGUGGUACAUCAUCUCGUACGUUGCGACGACACCGCGAGAGAUGAGUCGUUGGAUGCGACAGUAGCACAACUCGUACAAAACAAACAGGAAAGCGCGCAAACAGCGGUUUAAAGAACAAGGAAGGGUAAGGAGACUCCAGCUCCGGCUUUCUUGGUGUGCUUAGUUAGACCGAUAAAGCAUGAAGCAGCGAGAAGGCUGAAGGAUCGUCGAUGCGAGAUUAACGUGAGGAGGUGGUGCACGAGACAACAGAUCCAUCAGAGAAGAUGAGCAGCUUGGCGGUCUGUUUGAUGCUCCUCUCGACGGUGCCGGGAAUCCUCGGCAACUGUCCCCUGGUGCAGGCACCUCCAUGGGGAGCAGUGAUAGAGAGGGUGCUUAAAAAUGGCGCUUUGCAGCUGAUAUAUUCCUGCGAACCGGGACGUACACUCAUAGGUCACAAGGUGGCGACCUGCACCGCCGACGGUUGGAGCCAUGACGUCCCGGAAUGCGUGUUGAAACCCAGUGAGGAAUCGCCCUCCAUUUCAGGCAAAUCGACGCGUGAAGCUCCAUCGUGGCGUAAACUGAUCGACAAGAUCGAUCGGCAAAAUGCGAAAAAACAUUUUAACAAGGAAGACAAGAAAAAUCAGAGGAAUCUUUUCGUCCAAGCAAAGCUAAACAAGAUGGUGUCCCAACUGGAUACCACCUGUUUCAUAAGAGGAUCCAGAAAGGAAUUUAUUAAGGCUCCUUCGAUCGAACACGCGCACGAGGCGAAAUACGCUAAACGGAAAAAUGUACGCAAGCCUCAUAAUCGGUUUCAUGUUGCAAUGUACUCGUGCAUGAAAGGUUUCACUUUCAUGAAUCCAAAGAAUGAUAGGCUGUUCUGUAACAAAGGUACCUGGAUUGGACGUCGUCCGACAUGCGUGAGAAAAACUGAAAAAGUGAAACAUUGCGAUAAACAUGGAAAAGAAUGCCAGCAAGUGUGUGAGGAUAUACCAACUGGUAUAAAGUGUUCUUGCUUCGAUGGAUUCCGAGCUGAAGGAUCCUCUUGUAUAGACAUUGAUGAAUGCGCCGAGGGCACAGCGAGGUGCACUGAUAUCUGCCGCAAUGUACCUGGUACUUACCAUUGCGAGUGUCAUCCUGGUUUUGUACUAGGAAAUGAUAGCCACUCUUGCCAAGAUGUGAACGAGUGCCUCUCGAACAACGGACACGGGCCUUGCCAAGAUACUUGUCGUAAUCUUGAAGGCAGCUUCGAGUGCAGUUGCGCCGAUGUUCCCGGGUACAAAUUAGCUACCGACAAUCACACUUGCGAAGACAUCGACGAGUGUAUGCUGGACAAUGCCAAUUGUUCUCAUCAGUGUUACAACGUUCCUGGAAGCGCUUUUUGUUUUUGCCCGUCCGGCUUCUACCUGACGGAUGACUGGAAAACCUGUUUAGAUAUUAACGAAUGUGAAACAUCAAACAACUGCCCUAACAAUACUGUAUGCCAGAACACAGAAGGAUCAUACAAAUGUGUAUCCAAAGUGGGGAAGGUACUUCAUGACGAUACCUAUGAUGACGACGAAGAUCGAGAUAACGAGGCUGGCGAUUAUGAAGAAGACGUUACCGAAGAAUCAUGUGGUCCAUCAUGUAGCGAACCAUGCAAGAACGGUUUUAAAUUGGAUGAAUAUGGGAUGUGUAUUGAUAUAAACGAGUGCAAGCAGGGGAUGCACCGCUGCCAGCAUGAGUGCCUGAACAAACCGGGUACCUACCACUGCACUUGUUACAGUGGUUACGAGCUCGAAGAGGACGGUGUUACCUGCAGAGAUGUAGACGAAUGCGCGCGAGGCACACAUAGAUGUUUCUACAGUUGCACGAACUUGGAGGGAUCCUACGAAUGCGGAUGUCCUCCUGGUACACCUUCGAAUGAAGAUUGUAUACCCUCUAAUGCGUGCGACAUCGCGGACUGUAGUCAUACGUGCGAACCAGUAGGUCGUGCUUCGUACCGGUGCGACUGUCCAAGCGGAUACGUAAUGCAGGACGAUGGGAAGACUUGCGAGGACAUUGACGAGUGUCUCGAGAAACAUGACUGCUAUAAAUGUAUUAAUACUCCCGGCAGCUAUAGAUGCAUCUGUCCACCGGGUAUGAGGCUCGCCGAGGAUGGCUUCAAUUGCGUAUACAAGCUUUGGGAUGUCGCUAAAAAUAACUGUAGUCUGGGAUUCAAGUAUAUAAGCAAUGGUCACUGCGAGGACGUUGAUGAGUGUCUUGAGAGCGAACACGGGUGCUCGCAGUUGUGUGUCAAUGAGUACGGGUCCUACCAUUGCGAGUGUGAAAUCGGAUGGCUCCGGAAGAGCGAUGGUUUCACCUGCUUAAAAUUCGACCACUGUUUCAAUGCCAUGUGCUCGCAUUCGUGCGUCUCGACAAGUUUAGGUCACAAAUGCGAGUGUCCUCCAGGUUACAUUUUGGAUGAGGAUGGUGACACCUGCAAAGACGUGGACGAGUGCGAAGACAACGCGACGAAUGAUUGUAGCAACGACUGUAUAAACCUCAAAGGAUCUUAUUCAUGUUCCUGUCCGCUAGGAUUCAAGUUGCAAGAAGAUAAUCGCACGUGUAUCUUCAUCUCAUUCACGUGUCCCGAUUCUGAGGACGACGAUUGCACUUGUCCCGAGGGAUAUACUUAUUUGCAAGAGGAACACGUUUGCCAGGACAUCGACGAGUGCCAGGACGAAAGCAGGAACAAUUGUUCCCACAUUUGCAUUAAUACCAGCGGCUCGUACUAUUGCGAGUGUCCUUCCGACUUGCGCUUGCUACCGGAUUCCAAGACCUGUCGGCACUGGGAGGAGUUUUGCGUUCACGAUUUGGGCUGUUCACACACGUGCAAACAGGACAACGACCAGGUUCGUUGCGUUUGUCCGAUGGGGUAUGAGUUGCAGAACGAUGAAAAGACUUGCAAGGAUAUAGACGAAUGUGCGAGGCAUCUGCACAACUGUUCACACUCGUGUACAAAUCGCGAUGGAGGUUUUACUUGCAGUUGUCCGAAUUAUUUUAUCCUUGAUAAGGAUAACAGAACCUGCCUCUAUAUGAAGCACUGCAUCCUGUCAGACCUUGAUUGCGUUCGCGACUGCAUAAAUUUCUUCGACGGGUAUACAUACUAUUGCCAAUGUCCCUAUAGUUAUGAACCAUCAGCAUUUGACAACACCACUUGUUACAAGAUUAAUAAGUGCGGUCUGGAUCAUGGCUGCGCGGACAUAUGCGUCAGCAAAUUGGAUGGUUUCCGCUGCCAAUGUUCCCCGGGAUAUGAGCUGUCGAUAAUGAACAACAAGAACUGUAUAGACAUAGAUGAGUGCUGGGAUGACGAAGACAAUCCCUGCUCUCCCCACUAUUGUAUAAACUUCAACGGUUAUUAUGAAUGCGAAUGUUUGGACGGAUACCGGCUCUUAGAAGACGAUAAAACUUGCGAGGACAUUAACGAGUGUAUGCAAGAUAACGGUGGAUGUUCCCAUCUGUGCGCGAACACGGACGGCGGCUUUGAGUGCGCGUGUUCUGAGAAUUACAAAAUGCAGGACGAUGGCAAGACAUGCGUCGCGAUAAUUUCAUGUUCCAUCGGCAAUGGCGGAUGCUCGCAUUUUUGUCGCCAAAAUCUCGAUGGAUCUCUUUCGUGUUCCUGUCCACCAGGAUUCGCGUUAGAAGAAAAUAAUCGCACGUGUAUCGUUAUCCCAUACAGAUGUGCCGAUUCUGAGGACGAUGAUUGCACUUGUCCCGAGGGAUAUAAUUAUUUGCAAGAGGAACACAUUUGCGAGGACAUCGACGAGUGUCAGGACGAGAGCAGCAACAAUUGUACCCACGGUUGCAUUAAUACCAGCGGCUCGUACUAUUGCGAGUGUUCUUCCGACUUGACCAUACUGGCAGAUUUCAGGACCUGUCGGCACUGGAACGAUUUUUGCAUUAAGGACUUGGGCUGUGCAUACACAUGCCAACAGGACGACUUCCAGAUCAGUUGCGUUUGUCCGACGGGAUAUGAGUUGCAGAACGAUAAAAAGACUUGCAAGGAUAUAGAUGAAUGUGCGGAGGGUGUACACUACUGUUCACACGACUGUACAAAUUAUGAUGGAGGUUUUACUUGCCACUGUCCGGAGUAUUUUAUCCUUGAUAAGGAUAACAAAACUUGCAUCGAUAUGAGGCACUGCGUCAUGACAGAAUUUGAGUGCAUUCGUAAAUGCAUAACUAGUAUGAAUGGAUACGAUGGUUGCGAAUGUUCCCAUGGCUAUAAACCAUCAUCAUUUGACAACACCACCUGCUAUAAGAUUAAUCAGUGCGAUCUGGAUCAUGGAUGCUCGGACACAUGCGUCAGUGAAUUGGAUGGUUUUCGCUGCAAAUGUUUCUCGGGAUAUGAGUUGUCGAUGGACAACAAGACCUGUGUAGACAUAGAUGAGUGCCGGCUGAGCAAUCCCUGCUCUCCCCACAAGUGUAUAAACUACGACGGUUAUUACAGCUGCGAAUGUUCUGCAGGAUACCGGCUCAAUGAGGACGAUAACGCUUGCGAGGACAUUAACGAGUGUAUGCAAGAUAACGGUGGAUGUUCGCAUCUGUGUGCGAACACGGACGGCGGCUUUGAGUGCGCAUGUCCCGAAAAUUAUAAACUAUUGCAAAACGAUGGCAAAACAUGCGUCGAGAUAAAUCCAUGUACCAUCGACAACGGCGGAUGCUCGCAUUUUUGUCAUCUCCAGGAUAGACAGGCGUCUUGCUACUGUCCGCCCGAAAUGAUCCUGUUGAAGGAUAGAGUCACUUGUAUGCACGAAAAUAAGUGCUUGCGAAACAAUAGUUGUUCCCUUUCCCAGUGUUAUCGCGACGAGGACGGAAUCAUGCUCUGCACCUGCCCAGUUGGCAUGAUCUUGACUGAGGAUGGCAGGCUUUGCGUGCAUAAGAAGAAGUGUUCGGUCAAUAAUGGCGAUUGUUCGCACCUGUGCGACGAUCGAAGUGGCAGCGUGAAAUGCUCAUGCCCUGCAGGAAUGUCCUUAGCGCAGGAAAGCGACACCCUUUGCGUUCGGGAAAACGGGUGUCUUGUUCGCAAUGGCGGAUGCUCAGAUAUCUGUAUGUUCGUGAACGACACGAUCACUUGCGACUGUUCCGUCGGUUAUCGCCUAUCGCCGCAAGACAACACCACCUGUCAGGACAUCAACGAGUGUUCGGAAUCGCUAGCUAACUGUACUCAAAUGUGCUUCAACACUCGCGGCAGUUUCAGAUGCAGCUGCAGAGAUGGCUUUGUGCAGAGCUCAGAGGAUCCGGCGGUCUGUUACGACGAGAACGAGUGCGAGAUCGAGAAUGGGGGCUGCUCACACAUUUGUAUCAACCUGAUGGGUAGCUAUCGGUGCGAAUGUUCGGCGGAAUACAUCCUACUGAAGGACAGCAAGAGAUGCAUUUUGGAUGUUUGCAAGCGCGAUAACGGUAACUGCUCUCAUUAUUGUUACACGGAACAAGACUCCGAGAAGAGCCUAGGAGCCAUCCACUGCUAUUGUCCAGCCGGCUAUGAAUUGGAGGACGAUGACCGGACCUGCAAGGACAUUGACGAAUGCGAGGAGCUCGAGCUUGACUCUGGCUGCUCGCACAUAUGCGUGAACACACCGGGUAGUUACCAUUGCGACUGUCCCGUCGGUUAUCGCCUAUCGCCGCAAAGCAAUACCUGUCUGGAGAUCAAUGAGUGUUCGGAAUUGCUAAAUAACUGUGCUCAGAAGUGCGUCAACACUAUCGGUAGUUUCAAAUGCAUCUGCAAUGAGGGCUUUCUGCAGAACCCAGAGGACCCGGCGCUCUGCGACGACCUGAACGAGUGCGAGAUCGAGAAUGGGGGCUGCUCACACACUUGUAUGAACCUGAUAGGUAGCUAUCAGUGCCAGUGUCCAACGUGGUACGACCUAGCACAGGACAACAAGACAUGCGUUUUGAAUGGUUGCAAACGCAAUAACGGUAACUGCUCCGAUUAUUGUCACCCGGAACUGGACCCCGCGAGCAGUCCAGGUACCAUCCACUGCUCCUGCACACCCGGCUACCAAUUGGGGCUCGAUGGCCGGACCUGCGAGGACAUUGACGAAUGCGAGGGGUCGAAUGAAUUUGAUUCUGGCUGCUCGCACAUAUGCGUAAACACACUGGGUGCUUACCAUUGCGAGUGCCCGACCGGUUACAUUUUGUCGAUAGACGAUCGGAACUGCAGAGACGUGGACGAGUGCCUGACCGGCCAGCACAACUGCACUCAUCACUGCGUAAAUCUGCGAGGUAGCUAUGAAUGCGCAUGCUACAAAGGUCACUAUUUGCACUCUGACAAGUCCACGUGCCUGGACAUUGAUGAGUGCAGCGAGAAAAACGGCGAGUGCUCGCACGUAUGCACUAACACGAUUGGCGGACACUUCUGUUCUUGUCCGACUGGCUACGAGUUGUCCCAGGAUGAGAGAACCUGCGUCGACAUAGAUGAAUGUGUAACUGGCGCGGCCGAUUGCGCGUACCCUCUCGAAUGCGUCAAUACUGACGGCGCCUAUCAUUGUAAGUGCCGGUCAGGUCACGAGCCGUGGAAUCGAUCCUGUCGAUCGUACAAUCCCUGUCUAGUACGGAACGGCGGCUGCGAGCAAAUUUGCGUUACGACAAACGGCACCGCGGUGUGCUCGUGCAACGAAGGCUUCCGCCAAGAUGACAUCAACGGAUCCAGGUGCCACGACAUCGACGAAUGCGCGGAGCAACACGUCUGCGACCACACUUGCAUCAACAAUCCCGGCUCGUACGAAUGCAGAUGCAGAGAGGGUUUCCGACUGGUGAAUGGUUCCACCUGUGUUGACAUCGACGAAUGCGCGACCGGUAUCUGCAAGGGCAACAAAUGCACCAACGUGCCGGGCGUUCGUGCAUUUGUUCGUCGUGAGUACGAGGCGGAAUAUCGAUUCCACGGUGAUACCUGUGUAGACAUCGACGAAUGCGCCGAGAAGACGCCCUGCAGCAAGAUAUGCAUCAAUAUACCCGGCUCGUAUUAUUGCACGUGCCCAGACGGAUUUAAGCUGCGAGGGGACGAAUGCGUAGACAUCGAUGAAUGCGAGUGGCAUCGCCACAUCUGCGAUCAUGAAUGCAUCAAUAACGUGGGUUCUUUCACCUGCUCUUGCCGUGCCGGGUACACGUUGAUUUCGAGGAGGAUGUGUCAAGACGUGAACGAAUGUCUGAAGCAAAAUGGUGGGUGCACUGGCGAGUGUAUCAACACCGCCGGAAGUUACUAUUGCACCUGUAGCAAGGAUUUAGUGUUGGCAUCCGACGAGAGAACUUGCGUCCCACCGAUGUCAACGUGUCGUGCUAUGGAAUCGCCUUUACACGGAGAGAUCAGAUGUCCGGGCCACCCUUCCGACGCAUCUGUCUACCCGCAGGGUGCCAAGUGUCAUGUCCGAUGUCGCAGAGGAUUCUGGCUGAAAGGAGCGUACACGAGACAUUGCGUAACUGACGGCCGAUGGAACGGGGAAGAGCCUAUCUGUCUACGUGAAGCUAUGACAGAUUCUCUGUCCAAUCCAAACAUACCACGGCCGUUCGUCAGCUGUCCCGAGGAUAUGGACGUUGAACUGCCGGCCAGGCAAAAUGUGAUACGUGUAACAUUCCCGCAACCAAAAUCCAACAUGAACUGGUGGAGGUACGUAAAUGCUUCACCCCCUUGGGCGAAGCAAUUGGAAGCGAAUCUGCCAGUGGGUACAACGGUCGUUACCUUCACAGCGUGGUCGCCGAUCUCUAAUUACACCAGCACCUGUAGGAUCGUGAUAAGAGUUCGUGAUACCGAGAAUCCGAAAGUUACAAUGUGUCCCACUUCUUUUGAAGUCAAUCUAAGCCAAGGAGAGCGAAAUCGUUUAAUAUUCUGGCAAGAGCCGUCGUUUAUAGAUAACGUUGGCGUGGAACAUAUUUACAAAACGAGGGGACCCGGACACAUAAUGCAUCCUGGCGUUCACGACGUGCGCUACGUCGCCUCGGAUGCAGCCGGAAAUCAAGCCGAAUGCCAUUUCUCGAUAUAUGUGAAAGAAUCCGAGGAUAGACAUUUGGAGCCGAGAUUCUACAGGCAAAAGAUGCUGAUGUGCCCCGGCAGACCGUCCCAGCCGGCGCCGAACUUCCCUUACGGGUGGCAAAUACCGAGCGGUUGUUACCUGAGGUAUACCAGGAUCUUCUCGGGGGCUUAUCAGCGGCAGCCGGAACACUGGCAGGACGGCUAUCGGCACACUGGCGCUUCUUAUCAUGGACUUCCGCAGACGACUCAGAAUCAUCCCGACAUUAGCAGAUUGUACAACGUGAACGAGUAUCGACGCUCCGAGCGACAACAAUAUGAGCCCUGGCGAAUGCAGGAGCGGCAGCAGCUGUUGCAGCGGCAAUAUCGGCAGCACGCUACAAGGACCGAUCACGUAGUCCCACCGGCGACUCAUUAUGGCAUGGGCCGCGUUCAGACUAGAAUAUUGCCACGAUGGCGUGAAUGCUGCACGUAAGAAAGACCUGCCACUCGCCCGGCCCGUGAACGACGUGUAAUAAGCGAGCAUAAGUCAACCGGGAAACCGUCGCAUAAAUCGCACCACGCGCAUCGCCAUGUAUAGCCAGGAAACUAUCUCCAGCCUGGAGAUACGCUCAUAUCGAGCACUCAUCCAUAUGCUCCAUGGGAAUUGAUUACCAUAAUUGACUCCGCGGCGCGUGGCCCAACAGGGAAAAAAUGGUGUAAUGUCGCUUUUUACUUUGUGAGCAGCUUGUGGAGUUCUGGUUGCAUAUGUAUACAUACGUAACUUGUGAGUGGCCAUAAGACGAUGUGUUCUCGAGGUGACACUCGCUUUCCGACGCAUUUCUGCCGCGAAUAAAAAGUGUUACAGCGUUAUGAUUAUUAAGAAUAGUAUAAUUAUUGUAUAC